AGCCAACAAGGGUCGGUUAUUUACCACGCCUCCGGCCGCCGCAAUCGCCGGCGGCGACACCCUCUCUCGAUGGCUGCUGCUCCGCUCUACGGCGGGGGCACCGACGACUCGGCGGAGGACUACUCCGCGGCGGCCACCGUCGUCCGCUUCGACCCGCCGCUCCCGCUGCUCCGCGCGCCCGUUCCAUCCCCCUCCUCCGCCCCUGGCGAGCCCCCCGUCCUCGCCUUCCGCGACGCCGCCAGCUGGCGAGCCGCCUGGGACGCCGCCGAGACCAGCCUCAUCUCGCAGUGCGAGGCUGGUGCACGAUCAGGAUGCUCAAUCACUGCAUCAUGCAAAUGCAAGGCCCCCUGGUGGAAAGGCUUAUUUGGAGCUGCCCCAACUGAUUAUGAAGAAAGGGAGAGAUGUGAAGAGCGAGAGAUGGCCGCUUGUCUGGAGGCUGCAAAGGAGGCUUGCAUUACGUUUGCAAAGGGAAAAUGCAUCGCACCAUUCACUUGUAUUUUAUCUAACAUUUUUGCUGAUAGAUCUGGAAUGUAACUGGACACAAGUUUCUAUACUUUCUAUUCAAGAAAAUGAAUCUAUUGGUUUGAGUUAGAUAAAUAAAUUGCAGCAGCCUUCACUUGUAA